AUGCCCGGCGCGCCCUCGCCGCUGCGCCGGCGGCGCGGGCGCGCGGGCGCUUGGGCGGCGCCGCCGCUGCUCGCGGCGCUCGCCCUCGCCGCCGCCUGGGCGGCGGCGGGCGCCGCGCGCGGCGCGCCGCGGCCGGCAGCGGGGGCCGCGGCUGUGCUCGCGGCCGGCGCGCCGCGUGCACCAGGGAAGCGGGCCCUCGAUGCCAGCGCCAUCGGCGCCGAGGCCGAGGCCGCCGAGGAGGAGAUCGCGGCCCGGGUGCUGCGCAAGUCGCGCCACAGGUGGCAGGUGUUUUGCGAGGCGCUGGUGCUGGAGGCCGCCAGCGACCAGGGCCUGCGGCGUUGGCUCAAGUUUGCCGCGGAGCUGGGGGGGAGCAACUCGACGUGGCGCCGUCCUCGGCUCCGCGUCGGCGACGCGAUUGUCGCACAGGGGCACUGGGAGCUCUGUGGCCGCCAGCGUCGCUUCUUGGUGUCCAGCUGGGUCGUCUCCGAGGAGCAUCAGGCGGUUCAUGGCAAGCGUAUUUUUCAGUGCUCGGCCGCCGCCGGCGCUGCACGAGCCGAAGGCUUAGGGCCAGUGCGCCUGGUGCUGCAAUGCGAUGGUCGGGGCAAGGCUCGGAUGGAGCGCCUGGAGCAGUAUUGCCGGGAGGCCUUUGCAGGGACAGACUUCAGCGCAUCGAUGCCACUCCAGGGCUCCUCAGACUGGCUGCUGGUGGUGCGGCCUGAGCCUGGUGCUGACGCAGCUGUGCUGCUGCAGAGGUUGCAAGGGGACGCCACCGUGCGCGAGGCCGUGGUGCGCGCGUUUGCUGUGGAGCCACUGCCGCACAUGACGCUCCGCGCUGCGCUGGACCGCCUCGCGGCGCUCUUGCGCACGGUGGGGGACGCCUGCGCCGCCCGGGUGCAGGUGCACCCGCGGUACCUGGAGCAGGGCGUCGUCGACCACCUGUCCCAGGCGGGCUGCCCCCUCGCUUUCGCCGGCGCCACGCACACGGCCUCCCUGGUGUUCGCGGACGGGGUCUACCACGCCGGCCUCGCGCGCAGGGAGGCCUCCAUCAGCGCGGGCGCCGCGAGGUUCGGCGGCCCGCCCCCGCGGCUCGCCGAGCCGCGGCUCUGCCGGGCGCAGGCGAAGCUCGCAGAGGCGCUGCUGCGCAGCGGCUGGGCCGAGGAGCUGCGCACCAGCCCCCCGCGGCGCGCCCUGGACGUCGGCGCGGCGCCCGGGGGCUGGAGCACCUGCCUGGCGGCCGAGUGGGGCUGCCGCGAGGUGCUCGCCGUGGACCCCGCCGAGCUGGCGCCCGGCCUGGCCGGCGCCGCCGGCAGGGGCCGCAUCCGCCACCUCCGCACGACGUGGCUGGAGGCCCUGCGGCUGUUGCGCCAGGAGGGUGCCGUGCUGGACGUGCUCGUCUGCGACGCCAACCUGCCCUGCGACAGCGCCGUCGAGCUCGUGGCCGCCGCCGCGGGGCUGCUGGCCCCGGGCGCGCGCGUGGUGCUGACGUUCAAGGACUGCUGCAAGAACCGCGCGGACUUCGAGGGGCUCAAGGGCCGGCAGCUCGAGCGGCUGCGGGGACUGUGCACGGACGUGCGGGAGGUGGCGCUGGUGGCGAACAGGAGGCUGGAAACCACCGUGCUGGCCCGCGCGCCGCGGGCGGCGGCGGGCAAUCCGCCCGCCAGCAGCUCGUGGGGUGGCCCGCCGGUGGCCUUCUCGCUGAGACGAGCGGACGACGGCAGCGUCGUCGACUCGAGGACCCGGGAGGACCCCAUGGAGUUCGUCUGCGGCGAGGGCCUGGUCUUCCCCGGCCUCGACCGAGGCGUGCUGGGCAUGCGGGCCGGCGAGAGCAGGGAGCUGCGCGUGGAGGGCGACGACGCCUUCGGGGCGAGGGCGGAGGACAUGGUGCUGAAGGUGCCGGCCAGCGAGCUGCCGCCCGGCUCCACGGUGGGGACGCAGAUGAAGGUGGCUGGGCCUUCGGGCGCCGAGAUGUUUGCCAGGGUCGUGGGCAUCGGCGGCGACGAGGCGACGCUCGACCUGAACCACCCGAUGGCAGGCGUGCCGCUCCUGAUGUCCGUGACGCUGCUCGCCUGCGAGGAGGCCGCGGAGCUGCCGCCCUUCGAGGUGGAGACCGUGUCCCCUGGGGACGAGAAGACGUUCCCGUCCAGGGGCGACAACGUGACGAUCCACUACACCGGCGCCCUCGCGGACGGCAGCAAGACGUUCAUGUCCACGAGGGAGAAGGGGACGCCGGUGACCUUCAUGGUCGGGAUGGGGAAGGUGAUCCGGGGGCUGGAGGACGGCGUGCCCUUGAUGUCGCUGGGGGAGAGGGCCAGCAUCAGGGUGCCGGCGGUGAUGGCCUACGGCGAGCAGGGCCUGGGCGACGUCGUGCCGCCCGGCGCAGACCUGCUCCUCGACGUCGAGCUGCUCAAGAUCGAGCCCGGCGUGGAGCUGCGGUACGGGCAUCGCGCGGCCAGCCUGCCCCAAGCCUUCGCUGUCUCCCGGGCCUCCGACGUAUUUUUUCGGGGGUCCAAGUCUGGCCCAGAUCCGGUCCAAAUUCGUGCCGAGUCCUGUCCGGAUCGGGCCCGGCUUGGGCAGCGCCGGGGGCCGCGCAGGCUCCCAUGGAGCGGGCGCCAACGA